AUGUCGCCCGGGUCGAAGCCCUUUAUCGCCGUAGAAGAGGGGCACGGGAAUGGCCAUCCCUUGUCCGACUUUCACGACCCGGCCUCUCCCACUCUGGACGAGGUCCUCCGCAAAUACAAGAGAGCUGCCUGUUCAGGCGUGCAGUGCCCCCACCCCGCCAACGCCUGGUUCCGAGAUCCGCGCCCGGAAACCGGACGCGGGCAACGUAAAUCCAACACCAGGGUACUGCGCGAGCUGGUCACGGAGCUGGCGCCGGAUGCGCCCGAAGUAUGGUCCGUCGUGGAGAGGUUCCAGUCCAACGAUGACCUCGACUUGCUGAAAGAGGAAAACGAGGCAUCCCUGUUCCCCCAGUUUCAGCGGCUGCCCGCCGAGCUGCAGGAAUGGAUCUGGCGCGCGGCCAUCCCCCGCCGCUGGGUUCACUUCGCGCAGCCCCAGUUCCCGGUUGCGAGAUAUCCGCCGCUUCCUGUGCCGCAGGUCGCAUCCGUAUGUCGUGCGGCGCGACAUGUCGUUCUUUCUGGGGGUGCAAAUGUGGUGUUCCGGCAACACAACACGGCUGGCUGGUCUGACGACAUCGAGAGACCGCCAGACGCCUCGACUACGAGGUAUGAACAGCACAUACCCGCGGGCUUUCUCAAUGAGCAGGAUCUGCUGUACAUUACGCAAGAGCCGUAUCUUGGACAUGUCCUGGGCGAAAAUGAGCUGGCCGCGCAGAUGGAUGGCGACGUCUCAGUAACGACGUGGAGCGCAGAGAAGGUGCUGGGCGUCGUUCAAGACGCUGCAUCGCUCGCCGUCUUCUGGCAGGAUCCAUGCUUCUACUUUCUCGGGCAAAACAGCCCCGAUGAUCGUUCAGGCCAAAAGCAGAUUGCCAGGUGGUCGUUCCUCAAAGGAUGCGCAGCACUUCAGACGCUCUUCGUCAAUUUCCGCGACCAGCCCGUGACGCUGCAACUUCCGCUCAUAGGACCGACUUGUACGACACCGCAGGAGCGCCGCUGGAACAGCGCCCUCAACCUUGUGAAACUGUACGACGAUGACCGCCUCGCGCAGCUGACGCGCCUCGAGACCAGUCCGACGCGCACCUCCAUGCCGCGAUACCGCUACGAUGCCGGCAAGACGCCAGGCGGCCAGGGCAAGCACCCGGGCAGGUGCCUGAACUGUGAGCGCGUGCAGUGGGAACUGCACCACAAGCACGUCGUCGAGCGCUUUUGGCUGCAGCUCUGGGCAGACGAGCUGUGCGAGGCGGAGAGGGCUGCCGUAUUUCCCUCGCGCAAGACGUACGAUGCCAGUCACCCGUGGGCACGGAGCAAGAUGAAGCGGGCACCAGAGUUUGUGCCCGUCGUCGCGAUUAGGAUCGAGAUGCAAACUGAAUAG